AUGACUCAAAAUGACUUAUUUAAAUUAGUUGAGAUUUAUGAUAAAAAUAUAUUAACCGAUAUAUUGGAAUACAAAAAUAAUGUAGAAUUAAAUAUUAAAGAUGAAGAUGGUAGAACUAUUUUACAUAAUGCAGUUUCUAAAAAUAAUAUUGAAUUGGUGAGACUUCUUAUUAAUAAAGGAGUUGAUGUAAAUACAUGUGAUGAUAGUGGUUGGACACCUUUACAUUCAUCAUGUUCUAGUGGAUUAGAAGAAAUCACAAUAUAUUUAUUAAGUGGAGGAGCUUAUUGUGACAUUACUAAUAACUCAGGUUGUACCCCAUUACAUUAUGCAGCUUCAAAGGGACAUGAAAAUAUAGUUAAUAUAUUAGUUAAUAAAUGCCAUGAUAUUAUAGAUUAUAAGGAUAACUAUAAUAGAAGUGCUAUCUUUUUAUCAGCUUGUUCAGGAAAAUUAAAUUGUUUUAAAUUACUUCUUGAAAAAUCAGCAGAUAUUAAUGGGAAUGAAAAAUAUUCAAAUGAUACAAUUCUUCAUGUUGCAGUGAAUGGACUUCAUGAAGAUAUUGCAUAUAUUAUUGCAACAAAACAACCUGAGAUAAUAUUUGCAAAGAAUAAUGUAUGUUUAAACUAA